CGAACGAUGACCUCUUUAAAAUUCACUGUUGGACUCGCCGAUGCUGGGGAUUCCAAACACCGUGCUGCUAAGCGCGUUAUCAUUCAUGCAGAUGUCUUAAAGGUCUCUAAGUUGUGUUCCGGUGAUGUUGUUGCUCUAUGUCAAGUCGACAACACUGCAAACAAGCACAUUGCGGUUGGAGUUUUGUGGCAGUCUCUGGACAUACCUCAAAAUAGCAUCCUCAUAUCUCGAUCCCUUCUUCUUACGGCGCAUGUAACAGAGGGUAGCCGGAUCCAGAUAUUCCCCCUGUCAGGGAAGCCUACCGGUGGUACUACUAACUGGCUACCUUCACUGCAGAAUGUCCGUGAGGCCAAAUUCGUUCGCUUGAGGGAAAUUCCGGCAGAAAAUGCGGAAGGCCAAUCUUGUCCAGUUCUGCUUGAAAGUCGAGGAGACAAAAAGCGUCGAGACUGGCUCGCAUUAUUCUUACGCGAACAUCUUGUCGGAUUGAAAUUCUUGUUGACCACUCAAGUGGUAGAAGUUUUAUAUGAGGGAAAUUUUCGAAGGUUCCGUGUCGAAACAGUCUCGGAAAAACCAAGCGCCGGCGGCAUCAUUUGCGCGCUAUCGAAUGACGUCGAACGCUUAACUGUCGGUCCAAAACUGCUCUGGCUGACGGGGUGGGACACCACUGUCCACAUAUUGGAUGCAGAAAAAAUUGACGCGGCUCCUCGUACCCGCCAGCUCGCGGAGUCCCUCCAUAACAACCCAGCACCCGACGCGUACGCUACGGUGGGCGGUCUGGACGAAACCAUCCAGCAAAUCAAGGACCUUAUCGAGAUACCAUUAACAAGACCGCAUCUCUUCGAGCAUUUCGGUUUGAAACCACCACGUGGGAUACUACUCCACGGGCCGCCUGGGACGGGCAAGACUCAUCUAGCUCGUGCCAUAGCCACGUCCACGAAAUCAUCAGUUUUGGUCAUCAAUGGACCAGAGUUGUCGUCAGCCUAUCACGGGGAGACGGAGGCACGACUUCGCGACGUGUUCAAGGAGGCUUGGAAUCGGAGUCCUUGCAUUGUCGUCUUGGACGAAGUUGAUGCGCUAGUGCCCAGACGAGAAGAUGGCCCAGGAGGAGAAGUGGAGAAAAGAGUCGUUUCAACCUUACUCACAAUUCUCGAUGGAAUGGAAGAUAAUGGGAGCCAGGGGCGUGUGGUCGUCAUUGGUACGACCAACCGACCGAAUUCCAUUGAUCCAGCACUGCGAAGACCUGGGAGGUUUGACAGGGAGUUUGAAAUAGGUGUGCCGGACGCUGAGGCACGGCUCGCAAUUUUACAGGUGCUACUUGCUAAGGCGCCUCACUCUAUAUCUGAUGGGGAUCUUCAAUCCAUAGCAAGCCGGGCUCAUGGGUAUGUGGGCGCAGACCUGAAUGCUGUUGUUCGGGAAGCUGGGACCAUUGCAAUCAAACGGUGGAUGAAACACCAAACUUCGCUGGCAUCAGAAGAACCAGGUUCACCUACAGAUCUGAUGUUGAUAUCGGAAGAUCUCGCCGACGCAUUGCCUGCUGUCAGACCGUCAGCUUUGAGAUCGGUCUUCCUCGAAACCGCCCCAGUAAGGUACUCGGAUAUCGGAGGACAAGUUACUGCCACCCAGAAACUCCGUGAAAUGGUCGAGUGGCCCCUACUUCAUCCCGAGGCUUUCAAAAGGCUCGGGGUCCGGGCACCAAAAGGCCUUCUUUUGUACGGCCCACCUGGGUGCAGUAAAACUAUUCUGGCACGUGCGUGCGCGACCGAGAGUGGUAUCAACUUUGUUGCAGUAAGGGGCCCCGAGCUUCUCAACAAGUACGUUGGUGAAUCAGAGCGGGCGGUGCGAGAAAUCUUCAGUAGAGCCCGUGCUGCAUCUCCGUCUAUCAUUUUCUUUGACGAAAUAGAUGCGUUAGGGACAUCGCGUUCCGGAGAAUUAGAUUCUGCACCAUCUCAUGAGGGUGUCUUAACAACCCUGCUCAACGAAAUGGAUGGCGUGCAGGAGUUAAUUGGCGUGACAAUCGUAGCAGCAACGAAUAGGCCUGAUGCUAUUGAUUCCGCUCUGAUGCGCCCAGGCCGUUUGGACCGCAUCUUGUAUAUUGGGCCCCCAGACCAGGCGGGGAGGGAAGAAAUUUUGCGUAUCAGAACUAGAAGGAUGAGCGUCGAGGAAGGCCUCAACAUAGGCGUCAUCGCUUCCAUGACCGAGGGAUGUAGCGGAGCGGAAAUCGUUGGACUUUGCCAGGAAGCAGCGUUGCUGACGAUGCAAAAGGACAUCAACGCACCAUUUGUGCCACAGGGUGCGUUCGAGGCAGCUGCAAGAGCUAUACGCAGACAACUCACACCAGAGAUCAUUCAAAAGUACCACGACUGGAGCGAAAAGGCUGGCUUGAGAAACGCAUAGUAAUGCGAGGCCGAGUGUACAAUGUAACUCCCCACAAAUCUGGGUUUGAGACACAGCUUGACAUCCCGUUGUCGUGAUUCUAGUUUUAACAGUUUCAGUGGUUUCGUUGCUAAACGUGAGUACCACCUCACUGGCAGUUCCCACAGCCAUAUAUGUUACGAUCCCAGUCAAUUGGCUCUAUGGAGGCAUACUAUCCACCUCCAUUGUGUAGCCUCAUUCCCUGGGAAGAUUAACCAUUGGUCUCGUAACAAAUGACUUUGUUGGGCUGUAUCCCCAGUGAAGCCGCGAAGACGAGUCCCAGACACUGGUCUGCACGGUGUAGGCCAUUCGUCAGUGUUAUUCUAAUACAUGUGUAGAUAUAGGUCAGUAGAUUACAACAU